AUGGCCCACAUUACUCUGUAUAAUUAUGCAGUCGAAACUCCCGUUGCCAAGAAGGAAGAUAAGGCUAAACCAGCCAAACCAUCAAGUUCUGGUGGUGGAAAGAACAAGAAGAAGAAAUGGUCAAAGGGCAAAGUCAAAGAUAAGGCCAACAACGCCGUCGUAUUCGACAAGAACAGUUACGAAAAGCUGUACAAGGAAGUCCCCACCUACAAACUCAUCACUCCAUCUGUAUUGGUGGAUCGACUGAGGAUUAAUGGUUCUUUGGCUCGUGUUGCCUUGAGAGAGCUAGAAAAGAAGGAUUUGAUCAAGCUCAUCUCUUCUCAUGGUUCUCAAUUGAUAUAUACUCGUGCUACCAAGGAAGAAGCACCGAGCGAAGCUCCCGUCGCUGGUGCCAAGGCUGCUAAAGCUCCAAAAGCUAAGAAGGCCAAAGCAGACGAAGCCCCUGCUGAAGACGAAGAGUAG